CACCCAUUUCAUCAUCCCAGCUAUGAGCUCCUCCCUCAGUGACAUUUAAAUAAGAGCUGUUCUCAGAGUCAGACACUGUAGCUUUCACAGCUUUGUAGUAUUUAUUCAUUUAAACACUGAAAAUUCAGAGGCACCAAGAUUAAACAUCUAGACUUUAAUCUUUAAUCGGGAAUGGCUGCGUGGCUGAUCUGGAGUCUGCUGUCUGCCUGCCUGCUGGUUUCUGCCUCUCCAGAGCAGGAAAACAUCACAGCUGAGUCUGGACAGAGCGUCACUCUGCCGUGUCGAGCUUCAAUCAACAACAUCAAAACCUUCGAGUGGAGCAGAACUGACCUGGGGAAAGAAUAUGUGUUUCUGAUCCGGGAUGAGGUCCUUACUGCAACAAACCAGCAUCCAUUGUUUAAAAAUCGGGUGGAGCUGCAGGACAGACAGAUGAAGGAUGGAGACGUGUCUGUGAUUCUGAAGAAUGUGACGGUUAACGACAAGGGAAUAUAUGAGUGUCGUGUUACGCUACGAAAUUCACGCAGGAGAAGAUCUAAUCUGAAGAAUGACCCCAUCUGCAUCAUCAACCUGAGUGUUGCUCCUCCAGGUCAGACACAAGGACCCACAGAGGAUGGAGGAUUUUUUGGACUGAUCGUUGGUCUCUCAGUUGCUGCUGUGCUUCUUGCUGUUGCUGCUGUUGCUUUUGUUUGCUACAGAAAACAUAAAGACAAAAAGAGUCGGGCUUCAUGCUCGCCUCCUGAUGACCAGCAGCUGCACUGAGAGCCUCCUACUGCUGUUAAUGUCUCUGUGAAGGACAUAAAGUAGUUUUUUUUAUGGUGUAAAGGAGUUCAACUGUUUAUCUAGUGUGUGACACCAAAGAAAAAUCCAAAAGUGAAAUGGCUGUGAUGUCAGUUAAAAUACACAGAAACAGGUAAAUCUGUUUUCAAAGUUACUGUUCGACUUUUGCUAGAUCCAGAUUAGGCUACGUUCACACUGCAGCCUGACGUGACCUAAUUUCAAUUUUUUUGCCCUCUUGGGUCCUGUAUCCGAUCUUUUCAAAUGCGACCUGUGUCUGUACGGCCAGGUCGUAUUUAACCGACAUACACGUCAUUGAUACUCGACAAACGUCGCUAUUCUGCGUCCCGUUACGUGGCGGCGGGAAGGAUAACAAACUUACGUCCGUAAACAUUGAGCGACUGAGCAAAAAAAAAUUGGAUUUCACAAAAAAUCGUACUUGGGUCACUUCAGGCUGCAGUGUGAAUGUAGCCUUAAAAUCGAUAACUCUGAUCAUAGAUCAGUUUGAAUGAUCUUUACCUUGUGACGAUAUUUUGCUGUGUGUGUUUGCUCCUGCGCGCAAUGUUCAAACAUUCUGCUUUGUUUUAAUUGGAACCUGUGAGUCUGCACAUUGUGAAUAUUAUUUUAAAUGCUGUUCUUUAUAAGAGAACAAAAACAACUCUCGGUACUUUUGUUGAUUCCUAACGUGAGCCGACGGCCCCACGGCCCGAUAACGGAGAUGUGAAGUCCAGUUCAUUUUAUUGACUCAAAUAGUCACUGCUGGUGAAUGUUUCGCAGUGUUAAUGUGAUUAUAGCCAAGUUUAAAUAACCAUUAUACAUUUUCUGCAUCACCAGAUGAAUACAUGCAUAUUUCUGUGAAAAUGUGACUCACAGUUUGCACUGCAGUAAGUAGCUGGACUUCAUUUGCACAUAUUAAAUGGAUUCCUGUCAGCAGAGACUCUAUGAAGCACCUAAAACAUGCUGUAAAUAAAAUCAUCCUUCACCAUGAGUCACCAUGGUGAUUUAAUCAUG